AUGCUUUACAAGGCAAAGCUAUGUGGAGUGAAGUUCUCUCCUGCCUCCAUAGUUUUAAUUUAUCAACACACGGAAAACAGAACGAUACAAAAGAGAAUAAUACCUUUACAGAACUUCUCAAAGUAUUCAGGUUUUAUACCCCUGGCUGCUGAGAGGCUGAAGAACAACCCUGUGCACAGGGACUAUCUGAAGGCUGUGUCUCAGAGUCAGCUAGAGAAGCUUCACAUCAUCCAGCAAGAUCACAUGCAGGGCUACAGCCUGCAGCACAGCCUCGCCUCAUUCCAUCUGGAUCCUCUGGAUCUUGUUAAAGACUGUUCACAGGAAUCUGCAGGCAGCACAGAAAACUGCCAGGAAUUGACGUGGGGUUCCAGUUUCGGGCAGUUUAAAAAGCCUGAGAAGCUUGGCAGUUGA